CUCAUCCUCUCCUCUGUGAAUCAUGUCUAAUAAGCAAACCACCCGCGUCCUUGUUUUUCUCGACGUUGGUGCAUCUGCGCACAAGAACGGCAUCCCCCAAGGACGAAUCCUCAAAUGUGACCUCAAUGGCGCGAACCUCAAAGUCAUCUGCGAAGGACUGUACGCGCUCCCAGAUGGCAUUGCCGUAGAUAACGACGAAGGGUACAUUUAUUUCACCCAAAUGGGCAUGCCCGGCACAAAAACCGGUAGCGUGUCACGCGUCCGCCUCGACGGUACCGGACGCGAAGAUAUAAUCGAGACUGGCAAAACGUGGACUCCGAAGCAGCUUCUCCUCGAACCACAGUCCAAGAAGCUGUACUGGGCGGAUCGAGAAGGCGCAAGGAUCUGGAGGGCCAAUCGAGAUGGUAGUGAUGCUGAGGUACUGAUUCAAACGGUUCCUAGCCCGCUAGAAGUCAGCGUUUCGGAUCAAACAAAAUGGUGCGUAGGCGUCGCCGUGGACUACGAAAGGCGCAAAAUCUUUUGGACGCAGAAGGGCCCCUCGAAAGGCUUUCAAGGGCAAUUGUGGACGGCCAACUUGGAUAUUUCUGAGGGUGAAACGCCGGAAAAUCGAUCAGACAAGAAGCUUCUGCUGUCGAAGCUUCCCGAACCGAUUGACUUAGCCAUCGAUACGCAAAGGAAUAUCCUGUUCUUGAGUGACAGAGGUGAUAUACCCCUUGGGAACACCAUCUCCGCGAUAGAUGUGAAUGAUCUGGAGGCGAUAAAGCUCAACUUUCUGGUUUGGAAGUUGCAUGAAGCGAUUGGUGUUACAUACGAUCCUGAAGGGCAGAGAAUCUAUAUGACAGAUUUGCUUGGUGGGCUGUAUUCAGCGAAUGCAGAUGGAAGUGACAAGAAGACAUUACAUCCCGAUCUGGGCGAAUUGACCGGCCUCACUAUUGCACAAUACUGGGAUUAACAUUGACCACGGC